GCGGCUUCCUUUCAAAAACUUCCGCACAAACUUGCCAACGUUACGUAACAUGCGCCCCCAUACCAUUCGACCUUCCGUUCUCCAAAGGCAAGACCGACUCACCCAGCCUCGUCACUUAUUCUCUUAUUUUCUUCUCACUGCCAUCGUGUCCGUAUUCUUCUGCUUCCACGUUUUCGAAUGGCCUCUUACUCACACUUCCUCCUCCUUAACCAUCCUCAUCACGGACCCAUUUCUCCAUUUUCCAACCCCAUUAGAACCCAUUUCUUAGUUUUAUUAGCACCCAUCUCCUCCGUUUUGUUGCCCACCAACUGUUUGACGAAAGUCCUGUAGAACCAGCAGACCAUGAGGCUUUACGUCUACGUGAUGGAAGCUCAGGACUUGCCCGUGAGGGAGUCGUACGUGAAGCUCCAGGUGCGGAGGCACAAGUCCAAGACCCGGGUUUUGAGAAGUACCACCAACCCGGUUUGGAAUGAGGAGUUUGUUUUCGGGGUGCAUGAUGUGAAUGAGGAGCUUGUGGUGUCUGUGUAUCACCAGGAUGAGGAGCAGUCUGGCUUGUUCUAUGGCGGGUCUGAGUUGGUGGGUCGGGUUUCGAUUCCGGUUUCAUCUGUUGCUGCUGAGAGUACUUGCACCUUGCCUCCGGCUUGGUAUGCUCUUGAAAGUCCCAGGACUGGGAAGUUCAUUAGCAAAGAUUGUGGGAAAAUUCUUCUCACCCUUUCUCUGCAUGAAAAAGGCCAUGAUGCUUCCAUUGAUCACGUUCUUAGUGAUCAUUCAAAUAUAAGCCUUGAGGAACCUAAUGAGGUGGACAGUCCAUUUAUGUCAACUCACGGUGUCUUUUCUUCCAAAUCUUUAUGUUCCAAGAUGCCAGGUGGUAUACUGUUGUUGAAGGCUAUUGUGAGACGUAUGGACAAGCUUAUGCAUAAGAACGAUGAAGCCUCAAAAACAGAUGAUUCUUCGGAGUUGUCUACUUCUGUAUCUGAUUAUGAAGAUUGUGUGGAGGAGCAUCAAAGUAGUUGUAGCUUUGAAGAGUCUCUUGAGAUGAUGCGGUCAAGAGGAAGCGAACAAAAACUGCCGGAAAAACUGCUGGGAGGGAUUCUUAUUGAUCAGGAAUAUGCUGUUUCACAGCAUGAACUUAAUGCAUCUCUUUUUACCCCAAAUUCACAGUUUUGGAGAGAUCUUGCAGAACUUCAGGGGACAACAGAUCUACAGGAGGGGCCUUGGAUGUGGAAAUCCGGAGAGAUGCCAUGUUUGACACGAGUUGUUUCCUACACAAGAGCUGCCUCAAAGUUAGUUAAGGCUGUUAAAGCCACAGAGGAGCAAACGUACAUCACAGCAGAUGGAAAGGAAUUUGCUGUAUUAAUCAGUGUGAGUACACCUGAUGUUCCAUAUGGAAAUUCAUUCAAGAUUCAGUUGCUUUACAAGAUAAUGUCUGGACCAGAGCUACCUUCAGUGGAACAAUCCUCCCGUCUGGUGGUAUCCUGGGACAUUAACUUUCUCCAGAACACAAUGAUGAAAGGCAUGAUUGAGCGAGGAGUUCGACAGGGACUUGAGGAGAGUUUUGGUCAGUUUUCCAGCUUGCUGGCUCGGAAUUUCAAAAUGCUGGAUUCAACAGACUUGUCUGACAAGGAUCAUAUCCUGGCAAGUAUGCAGGCAGGGCAACAAUCAGAUUUGAAGUUGGCAACUGAAUACUUCUGCAAUUUCACUCUAUUUACCACUAUCUUUAUGGUUCUGUAUGUCCUGGUUCAUAUUCUACUUUGUGAGCCCAGUACACCCCAGGCCUUGGAAUUUAUCGGACUUGAUUUGCCAGACAGUUUUGGAGAGCUCAUCACAUGUGGAAUUCUCAUCCUUCAGUUGGAGCGCGUUUAUAACAUGGUUUUACACUUUGUACAAGCUAGGUUGCAGAAAGGAAGUGAUAAUGGAGUCAAAGCACAAGGUGAUGGAUGGGUUCUUACUGUUGCUUUGAUUGAAGGGAACAGCUUAGCAUCCUUGGAUUCAUCAGGGUUCUCUGAUCCCUACGUGGUUUUCACCUGCAAUGGUAAAACAAGAGCAAGCUCUGUCAAGCUUCAAACAAGCGAUCCUCAAUGGAACGAUAUACUUGAGUUCGGUGCUAUGGAAGAACCGCCAUCAGUUCUGGAUGUUGAAGUUUUUGAUUUUGAUGGCCCAUUUGACCGAGCUACAUCACUUGGACAUGCUGAGAUCAAUUUUCUUAAACACUCAGCUACCGAACUUGCAGAUUUGUGGGUCUCCCUUGACGGAAAGCUUGCUCAGUCUUCUCAAUCAAAGUUGCACGUCAGAAUCUUUUUGGACAAUAACAAGGGAGCUGAAACAAUUAGGGAUUAUAUGACCAAAAUGGAAAAGGAAGUUGGAAAGAAGUUGAAUCUGCGAUCACCUCAGAGGAAUUCAACAUUUCAGAAAUUGUUUGGGUUGCCACCAGAAGAAUUUCUUAUCAGUGAUUUUACAUGCUCCCUGAGGAGGAAAAUGCCUUUACAGGGCCGACUUUUUCUAUCUGCAAGGAUAGUUGGGUUUUACUCGAACUUGUUUGGACACAAAACAAAAUUUUUCUUUCUUUGGGAGGAUAUUGAAGAUAUCCAAGUUCUUCCCCCAUCCUUGUCAUCUGUGGGUAGCCCCUUGCUGGCCUUUGUUCUCAAAAAGGAUCGAGGAAUUGAUGCAAGGCAUGGUGCGAAGUGUCAAGACAAUGAAGGCAGGCUGAAAUUUCAUUUCCAAUCAUUUGUAUCAUCUAAUUCAGCCAGCAGGACAAUAAUGGGCUUGUGGAGAAUGAGAACACUUAGUGCUGAUCAGAAAACACAAAUUGCUGAAGGACAUUUUGAUCAGAAAGACAUCCCCAUAAUGCUUGAAGACACUGAAUCCAUACUCAAUCUUGAGUAUGAAAAGAUGUCCAAAGUUUAUACCGCAGAACUACCUAUUAACACAAAAUCUCUGAUGGAAAUUUUCGAGGGAGGAAAGUUGGAGCAUAAAAUCAUGGGGAAAUCAUGCUGUCUUAACUAUGUAACUACCGCUUGGGAACCUACAAAAAAGCCGGAUGUCUUUGAACGACAACUAUCUUACAGGUUCAACCGCCAGGUCUCGAUCUUUGGAGGAGAGGUUACAUGCAGACAAGAAAAGUCCCCCUUGGCAAACGGUGAAGGAUGGAUCGUGGAUGAAGUUAUGGCUCUGCACGGCAUUCCAUUUGAGGAUCACUUUCGUGUUCAGCUCAGGUACCGCAUCGAGAAAUCUGCAAUGGCUCAUAAUGCAUGUAAAUGCAAUGUUCAUGUCAGGGUCUUCUGGCUUAAAAGGACAAAGUUUCAGGACAGGGUCACACGCAACAUCAUAGGGAAAUUCGCCCAUGGAUUCAAGGAAAUAUUCGAAUUCGUCGAGCGGGAGAUUCUCUUGGCACCGGGACAAGACAUUUCCCUUUGACACACACUCUUUAGCCUCACGAUCAUUCACAUUCAGAUAGAUCACAGAUUCUUUUGGAGCUUUCGGCCGGAUAGUGAUACGAAAUCAGCAACGUAGUCCAAACCAGGAAAUGUACGGCCAAAUGUAGGACCUUUCGAUAUUUUUUUCUUAUAUUCUGCUUUCGUUGUAGGAAUUUCCUCCUUAUUUUGUUUAACGUAGAACAACAAAGCAUUCUGAAAUUUACUCGAAAGUCUUUAUUUUGGCCAAAUCAAUAGAAAUUUUUGACAAAAAUAAGAAAUUUACUCGAAAGUCUUUAUUUUGGCCAAAUCAAUAGACAUUUUUGACAAAAAUAAGGAGUGAUUGUCGUCAAAUAUAUGCAAGAGAUUAAAUACGCCAUUACGAUUACGUCCAAGACAAUCUCUCCCCUAUUAUCUUUUUGCCGCCCUAGUGUGAACGGCAGAACCAAAAGUUGGAAUUUUGAACCCAAAAAAGUCGAGGGCUUGCGAAGACUUUGAAUCUUUAUAGUCUCUGAAUCAUCUUCUCCAACUUCAUUCUUCUCUGACCGCUCCUUCUGUGGAGCGAUGGCCUCCACCGCUGUCAUCGACGUCCGGUAUUUCGGAACCUCUAAGGUUAGAGCCGGCGGCAGAGUGAGGCAUCUCAGUGCUCAUGUUGAUAACAAUGGCGAACUGGAUCUCGACAUGGGAGCAUUGCGGAGAAAAAUUCGCAGCCUUUGUGCCCUCCCACCCGCUGCUGACAUUACUCUGACGUACAUUGAUGAAAACUACGAUGUCGUUACUCUUGUGGACGAUGAUGAUCUGCGGGAAGCAAUGAGGCAGCGUCUGGAGCCCUUCAGGAUCGAUGUGCUGAUGAACGAUGACAAAGAAAACUGCGGCAAAAACUCAAGCUCCGGAAAAUGUCACGUGACGGAUGCUGUAAAUGCAACAAGUGAUGUGAGUAAUAGCAAUGUGUUUGAUGAAUUCCAUCUGGCAAAUUAUGAUCACCCUGUUAGUCCUAGGGUUAAACAAUCUGAAGACGAAUGUGGUAUGAUGUGCGACGCAGGCAUUCGCUGUCGCGCCUGCAAUGACAAGGUCGCGAAACUGUGGUUAGCGGCGUUGGCCCUCGUAGUGUCGGUCCGGUUAUUAUCCCGGCGACAUGGAUCGGAGUGUUGAUUGCUUCUACAACACCUCCUCUGCAAGUGAGCUUGUUUUUGUGCUCAACUUAAAGAAAAAGGGAGGCUUUGUUGCUUUGGCUUGUGCAGCAAUUUUGAGUCUGCUUGCCAAUUAACAUAUACAUUGGAAUUGGAAUUUAUACAGCUUGUUUCUUUUCUUUUAUUUAUAUGUGAUAUGAGUUGAUUGUCUUCUUUGUA